AUGAGAAGCACAAACACUGUGUUCUACCAGUUCUACCAGUGCUACCAGUGCUGGGAUAUGCCGUUACCGUCGCUUAGAGACAAAAUAUUAUCCGAAAUGAAUGACAUGGAUAAUGGUAGUCAUAAACGGACAUUAGAUGAGUUGGACUUAGAGAUCAAAGACGAGUUGGACUCAAAUAAUCACCACAACAACGAAGAGUUGGAUGAACUGAUCGAAGAGGUGACGGAUGGCUCUGAACCGCCGGCAAAGAAAGUGCGCGCCAGUGAAGAGCUGGACAUUAGGUUUCUGGUGUCGAGUAAAGAAGCCGGUGCCAUAAUAGGCAAAGGAGGGGCUAAUAUAAACCAUUUAAGAAAACACUCAUUGGCGACCACUCUAUUCGACUCUUAA